AUGCCUAAACAUAAAACUGUCCCCCAUAUAUAUAAAAAUAAAAAUGGAUUUAUCUCUAGUAUUUUAAUUAGGGAAGACAUAACUGCAAGCAUCAAAUUUAAUAAAAAAAAUAUUCUCGAAAAAUCAGAAAAACAAAUAAAAGCAAGUACCACUACAGUUAUAUUACAAAAUUCUGAAGAAAAAAAGAUUGUAACUUUUAACCUCAAGAGUGUAAGUUACAACAAAUUACGCAAGGAAUUAACAAAAGUAACAGCUAAAAGAGGAACAAUUAAAUCUCAUGUUCAUAAACUUAAAGGAAAAAUGGAAAACCUGACUAUAGAUUUAGAAUUUAUACGUUAG